AGAAUAUUCAGCUUUCUCGUCACGUAUCACCACACAGGGUAAUAACACACUGAGAUGGAUACAGUGCAAUGGAAAUUAUGCACUAUCACUGUGCUGCUGCUGACUCUAUACCAUAGCCGCGCUGCAGCUGCCACUCUGAAGGAGCAUCUGGCUGAUUGUCUGGAGGACAAAGACAAUGCUGAGCUGCUGUACACAGCAAAGACUGGCCUUCCACACAUAAAGACACAUCAUCAUGUUGUUAUUGUUGGAGCUGGUAUGGCUGGGCUGACAGCUGCCAAGCUACUGCAAGAUGCAGGACACAAGGUUACCAUAGUAGAAGCUAGUGGUCGCAUUGGGGGACGAGUUGAAACCUACAGAAAUGAAAAAGAUGGAUGGUAUGCUGAAUUGGGGGCCAUGAGGAUCCCAGGAUUUCACAAAAUUGUCCAAUGGUUUGCUACAGAGCUGGGGGUCAAGUUAAACCCAUUCAAAAUGGAUGACCCCAACACCUUUUACUAUGUUAAUGAGCGGCGGAUUAGGACUAUUGUAGCAGAAUCAAAUCCCAGUCUCCUUGGGUACAAGGUGUGGCCAAGUGAGAAAAACAGGACACCGGAUGAACUCCUACAACAAGCUUUACAGAAGGUGAAGGAUGAGGUGGAGAGGCAUGGCUGCUGGGCUGCACUGAAAAAAUAUGACCAUUACUCUGUGAAGGAAUACCUUAAAGAAGAAGGCGGUCUGAGUCCAGAAGCAUUGAGAAUGAUUGGAGAACUGCUCAACGAACAGAGUCUUAUGUACACAGCGCUGACUGAGAUGAUCUAUGACCAAACUGACAUCAGUGACAGCGUGUAUUACUUUGAAGUGGAUGGUGGGUCUGACCGUCUCCCCAAAGCUUUUCUUACUGUCCUCGAUGUCCCCAUUCUCCUAAACUCCAGAGUCAAGCGUAUCAGCCAGUCCCAUAAAGGGGUCAUUGUAUCAUACCAAGCAGAUCAACAGUCUUCUCUUACCGAUCUUCAUGCUGAUGCUGUCCUUGUAACAACCACAACAAAAGCAGCUCUUUUCAUGGAUUUCAAUCCACUUCUGCCCCAAAAAAAGAUGGAGGCCCUGAGCGCUGUCCAUUAUGACAGCUCCACUAAAAUCCUGCUCAUCUUCAAGAGAAAAUUCUGGGAGGAUGACGGCAUCCGAGGAGGAAAGAGCAUCACGGAUGGGCCCUCUCGUUUCAUCUACUACCCCAGCCACAGUUUCCCCAAAAAUAAGACCAUCGGUGUCCUCCUGGCGUCCUACACCUGGUCUGAUGACUCACUACUCUUCCUAGGUGCAAGUGACGAAGACCUUAAAGAGCUGGCUUUGAGAGAUUUGGCAAAGAUUCAUGGUGACCACAUCAAGGCUCUCUGCACAGGGGUCUUGGUGAAGAAGUGGAGCAUGGAUCCUUACAGCUUGGGUGCCUUUGCUCUCUUCACGCCCUACCAGCACUUAGAAUAUGCUAAGGAGCUCUUUAAAAGUGAAGGCAGGGUGCACUUUGCUGGUGAGCACACAGCCUUUCCUCAUGCCUGGAUUGAGACAUCUAUGAAAUCUGCAAUCAGGGCAGCAAAAAACAUUAACAGAGCUGCACGGCUGCAUUCAGAUUCUAAAUGUCAACCACGAGAUGAACUCUAGGCUC